GGGGGAGGUCAGGGAACGAAGGUGGCGGGAUCCUCGCGCUGGGAGGGGAGACGGGUGGGGGGGUGGAAGGAGCAUUCGGGCCCCCCGCCCUCCAUCGGCCUCGCCCCCAAGGUGAGGUUGAAGGUGUCCAGGGCCCGUCGGGGCCCCGGUUCAGACACUUCCAGAGCUCUGUGGCCGCCUCCGCCGGCGGAACUGUGCAAAGGAGGAGCGCUUGUUUCCGCUGGGUGUGGGCUCUGCGCGGGCUGUCACUGUCCGGGGACGAGGAAUAGACCUCGCCGCCGCCGCCGCCGCCGCCGCCGCCACCCCUCCCGUCUGCGCGGCGGAGAGGAGGAGGAGGAGGAAGAGGAGGAGGAGGAGGAGGAAGGGGAGCAGCCAUGUCGCUAUUGUCUCCGAUCCUCCCGGCCCUCAAGGUCUAUUAUUUGGCCGUUACGGUGAUCCUCUCACAGCUCUACCAGCGCUACCGCUACGGCUUCUCUUUACCAGCAGGUACUCAUUAAUGAGUGAAGGAUCAAAAGGCAGGACGGUGGUGGAGAAGCAAUGGAGAAUAAAAGCUUAGAAAGUUCACCAUCAGACCUAAAGUUAGUGGCUCACCCGAGAGCAAAAAGCAAAGUUUGGAAAUACUUCGGUUUUGAUACCAAUGCAGAAGGAUGCAUAUUACAGUGGAAGAAGAUCUACUGUCGUAUUUGUAUGGCACAGAUUGCCUAUUCAGGAAACACUUCCAACCUUUCAUACCACCUGGAGAAAAAUCAUCCAGAUGAAUUUUGUGAAUUUGUAAAGAGUAACACAGAACAGAUGAGGGAGGCUUUUGCUACCGCUUUUUCAAAACUAAAGCCAGAAUCUUCACAGCAGGUUGUUCAAGACACUUUAAUCAUGAAGACCAGCCAUAGUUACGAAAACAAAAAGCACCAGGAGCUGACCUCUGCUGUGAUUAGCCUAAUUUGUGAGGGCAUGUAUCCUUCCUCCAUAGUGGAUGAGCCUACAUUUAAGAUGCUUUUGAAAACAGCAGAUCCAAGAUAUGAACUUCCUAGCAGAAAAUAUUUCUGCACAAAAGCAAUUCCUGAAAAAUACAAUGCAGUUAGAGAAAUUGUCUUGAAAGAACUGACUGACAUUUUGUGGUGUGGAAUAUCCACAGAUAUUUGGAGAAGUCAAAACCAGAAUAGGUCCUAUGUAACCCUUGCGGUUCAUUUCCUCAAUAGCAACUCUGCUCAUUGUUUGGCUGUUAACUCACGAUGCUUAAAGACUUUCGAGGUCCCUGAAGAAAACACUGCAGAGACAAUUACAAGAGUUCUUUAUGAGAUCUUCAUUGAGUGGGGAAUCAACACAAAAGUCUUUGGUGCUACAACAGAUUAUGGCAAAGAUAUUGUUAAAGCUUGCUCACUUCUAGAUAUUCCAGUUCAGAUGCCUUGUUUGGGUCAGACUUUCAAUGCAGGGAUACAACAAGCUUUCCAGCUCCCUAAGCUGGGCAGUCUCUUGACAAGGUGCCGGAAAUUGGUGGAGUAUUUUCAGCAGUCUACAGUAGCCAUGUACAUGUUAAGUGAAAAACAGAAACAGCAGAACAUCAUGCACUGCAUGCUUGUGAGCGAUCGGGUUUCCUGGUGGGGAAGCACACUUGCUAUGUUGCAACGAUUGAAAGAGCAGCAGUUUAUCAUUGCAGCUGUUUUGGUGGAAGACAGCAAUAACCACCAUCUUAUGUUGGAGACCAGUGAAUGGAACACCAUUGAGGGGUUGGUGGACCUCUUGCAUCCCUUUAAGCAAGUGGCUGAAAUGAUGUCUGCAUCCAAGUAUCCCACAAUAAGCAUGGUGAAACCCCUCCUUCAUAUGCUUCUCAACACAACUCUGAAUAUCAAAGAAAAUGAUUCAAAAGAAAUCAGCAUGGCCAAGGAAGUGAUAGCCAAAGAAUUGUCAACAACAUACCAGGAGACCCCUGAAAUAGACAUGUUCCUUAAUGUGGCAACAUUCCUGGACCCUAGGUACAAGAAGCUUCCUUUCCUUUCUGCAUUUGAACGGCAGCAGGUUGAAAACAGAGUUGUAGAGGAAGCAAAAAGCCUUUUGGAGAAAGUAAAAGAAAAUAGUUUCAGGCCUGAAGAAAAGCUCUUUUCAUUAUCUGAAGAGCCACCAGUGAAAAAAAUGAUUAUUUCUUCGACCCCACCGCCAACUAGUGCAAUUAAUAAUAUGCUGGCAGAAAUCUUCUGCCAAACAGGGGGUGUAGAAGAUCAAGAGGAAUGGCAUGCCCAGAUUGUGGAAGAAUUGAGCAAUUUUAAGUCUCAAAAAGUACUUGGCCUAAAUGAAGAUCCCCUUAAAUGGUGGUCUGAUCGAUUGGCAUUGUUUCCUGUCUUACCAAAGGUACUUCAGAAGUAUUGGUGUAUUUUGGCUACAAGGGUCUUCCCUGAACGACUUUUUGGUUCAUCUGCCAAUGUUGUAAGUGCUAAGAGGAACAGAUUAGCUCCAGCUCAUGUGGAUGAGCAAAUAUUUUUAUAUGAAAACACUCGUAAUGGGUCUGAAGCUGAACCUGAAGAUGAGGAUGAGGGGGAAUGGGGCUUGGAACAAGAACAGAUUUAUACUUUAAGUGAUACAGUUAAUGUAAGCAACAGUUUCUUUAAUAUAAGGGACAGUGGAUUCAUCUGAUGAUGAUGCUAACGAUGCAUUAAAGAAAAGCUGUUUGUCCUAGAAGUUACCAAAAAUAACCUGUUUGAUGCUUUCUUGUAAAUAUAAGACAGAUGUAACAGUGGCUUGGUUUUUCAUUUUCAUGUAUUUGUGCCUGCCAUCCAUAAUCUCAAGAUACAAAAGAAAGUUGAUCUUUGAUAUUAACUGAAAUAAGAAAGAUGGAGUGUUCUCCUUAGGAUUUGACUGAUUCCAGGCCCCAUCAUUAAUUAUUAUUAUUUUUUAAACCAAUGAAAUUAAACAUUUAGAAACCCACUUGGAAAAGGCCCUCUGAGGAGUCUGCAAAUUAAAUUUAAAAUUUAUUAAUAAAAGUAGAGUUGGAGGGGAGAGUUUUUAUUUUAAAAUGUUUUAUUUCAUUUAAUUCAGUCAUAUAUCUAAUAGUAUUUUAGAGAGAUCAGAGACCAAGUAGAAAAAUAAUUCCUUUCCUAGAGCUCUAGGUAUAAGGUUAUAUGUUUUUAAAAUUUAAAAAUGUAAAAUAUUUACUUUUUAAUUUAAAUGGAAACUUCCCUCAGAAAAUUCUGAAAGGCCUUUAGUAGAAAUAUUCUUUAAAGAGAAGGCUAACUUUAAGUUUAGUCUUAAUGUGCAAAUGAGCAUAUAGAAGCACUUACCUUCCUUAUUCCUUGCCCAAAUAUGAAGUGUUAAAUUUUUAUUAUGUUUGUCAUACUGCCAGUUCUGAAACAUCUCCCUGUUGCUAGAAUUCUACUUGUAGAGGUGGUUAGUCUAAACUGUUACUAAAAUUAUUGCAUCCUUUUUCUGGUUGAUGUAUUCUUAUGUAUAUGGUAGUUUGCUUUGUGUCAGAAUGCUCAAGUGUUCUGCAUUUCCUUAAAAAAAAAAAAAAAAAAGUAUCUUUUUGCAGGCAGAAAUAAUGUAAAAAAGUUGCUUUUAAAACAAAACAAAACAAAAAUUCCUAGCCUGUUUUCUGGUUUGUUACAUGAAGGUAGCCAAAUGCCUAUGAGGAUUUAGGAGAAAAAUUAAUCUUUGUUAUCUUUAACUCUCCUUAAAAGCAGGGAUACUUGUUAAUUGUGUUCAAAUCCCCAGGACUCAGCCCAGUGCCUUGCACAAAGUAGGCGCUUAAUAAUUAUUUGCUUAGUUGAAAUGAAUUUAACUUUAUACCACUAGUCUAAAUAAAUUUGCAAAGUUGCCCAUUAUGCUUUACCUCUUGAGUCAGUUUGAGGUGUUUAUAUUCGGUAUUCAGGGAAGUAUGAAGGAAUCCGAUAAAUUUUAAUCUAUUAUUUUAUCUUUAAAACUUUUUGAUUGUUAGAGAAUUCAAAGAGGCACACCAUCUUUCUGUGUUAGAUUCACCUCACUGGCUAUUCUGUGCAUCUAUUUAAGCAACCCAUAUUGGGAAAGACUGCAUAUAAAUGGUUUAGGAAUAACCAUUUUAACUAGUAACUAAAUUCUGCCCUGGGGUUGGAGUGUUGAUAUGUGAGUGUUUAGAAGAAAAAAAAAAAAGUCAACCCUGGAGUUGGUGAGAAUUUCAUGUGCCUUUUGAAGGAUAGCAUCUGGUUUCUGUCAUCAGUAAUGCAUGUUUUUAGGAAAUAAAUUUGCAGGUUAAAAGUAACCAGAAGAGAUAUUUCCUUUUAAAGGAAAAUAUGAUGUUAACUUUUAUGAACAUACUGUAUAAUUUUAGGCUUUUUGUAAUUCAUUUGUUAACAUACUGAGACACUGUCAUAUUAGAGGUGAGAAGGUAGUGUCUAAGUUGGCCAUAGUAGAAUAUGGCUGGUAGAUUCACCUCUGUUCUUCACUCUAAGACUCCUAAGGCUGGAAAUACUGUACAAUGCAACUUGUAUUUGCCCUUACUUGUGUUUUUUUUUUUUUUUUUUCUUUUUUUUAAAUAGCAGUACAGUGCACAGUUCUGUUCUUGGAAUCUCUGAAUAAUGAAACUGUAAACUGUUCUAAUGAGACUAGUCUCAUUGCAUUUUGUUUUUGUUUUUUGUUUGUUUUUGUUUUUUUGCCUUUGUUUUUGUUUUUAAAAUCCUUGUUGUCGGUCUUGCCCAUUGGCUAUGUUUCUUAUUUAAUGUUUUAGAUUUUGACUAUUGUUAAAUAAACCAGAGAAAUAAAUUAGCUCCUAAUUUAUUUGUCUGAUGUGUGUUCAUAUUGAUAGCACUUUUAUUAAAUUCUAGCAAUGAGAGGGUUUUUUUUAAAAGACACUUUUUCAAAGUAUUCAACAAAAACUUAGUAUUUUAUUUUCUGACCUUUUGAAAUUUAGAAAUAUUAUGAUGCACAAAGAUUUUUUUGGAUUAAAAAGCCUAGAUCUGUAAAAAUCAGCUGCUUGAAAAUUUUCCUAAAGUUGAAAUUGCUUGCUACUUUCCUUUAUUGUUCUGGAAAUAGAAUAGAUGUUUGUGGGGAGAAGUUUUGAAGACUUUAUCUAGGUAUAGGUAAGAAUUUUGGUUGGUUGGAAUCAAAUCUAGCACUUCUACUAUAGGGAAUUGUAGCAUAUUUUAUUCUUUUAAAAAGUGGAAUAAAGGAAAAGAACAAAGGAAGCCAGUAUAUCACACCUUACACUAACAAUGUGUUGCUUGACAAUGCCUCAUUCUAGAAAGCAAUCAAAAAAUGCAUUAUUAAGUCAAAAUAGGCCAAUCUUCAUUUAUCUUUACCCCUAGAGUAUUUUUCUAAAUUUUGAAUGGAAAAAGCCUCAAUAUUAUUUGUUGCAUUAUUAUUUGGAAUUCAUCCUCUUAGCAUUUAAGGAUCAUUACAUUUCUUGUGAUUAUCUUUAUAAUUUUUUUUCUGAGCUACUAUAUAUUAACUGUGCAUAUAUAUGUGUGUAUAUUUAUACAUGUGUAUCUAUACACACACACAAAUCUAUUUUCUUAUCAGUGAUUGCAUGGGACAAAUUCCCUUAAAAUUUUUCCUCAUGCAUGAUUUUAAUGUAAAGUCAUAAUUCUAGACAGAGAUUCUUCCUCUGCCCCUCACCCCUUACUCCCACAAAAAUAUUUCUUUGACAGAGGAGCUAAGUAAGCUUUUAAAUGUUUAUAUUUAUCAAGAAAAAGAAAUAAUUCCACGAUAACUCCAAAAUCAAUAUGCUUUCAUUUCAGUUGUUAAAUAUUUCUUAAGGAUCCAGGAAAUUUUGAAAAUGAAAGGGUUGAAUUUAGAAAUAUUGUACAUAGAUUCCAUGAAAAAAAAAUAAUCCACUUAAUCUUAAAUGCUGCAUCUAUUUCAAUUCUUGUACCCUCUUAGGUUUUUUUUUUUUAAACUUGAAUGUCAUUUCAUAUAUUGGAAAUUGUAGAUAUUGCACACCUAAAUCAUUGUACUGUAUUUAUAUUAUUAACUCAGGGAUAAUGAUUGUCUUAAUUUAAAUGAUCUGUGUUGUGUCUAAUUGUUUCUCAAAUCUAAAAAUGAAAUACAUUUGAUGAUGUAAAAGUUUAUAAUCUGUAUUUCUAUCGACAGAGAAUGUGAAAUCAAACUUGACCUUUAAAUUUGUUUGCAAGUUUCUUGUUCAGCACACGUCUGGGAGCCUCCUAUUGGAAACUUUCAGGUGGCUCAUGCUGACUAUCUUAGGCCUCCAGUUUUUAUAACCUUUCUAUUGGAUCAAUUCUAGGACUAUCAACAGCAUUUUUAUAGGAUGCUUUGAUGUAACAUUCAAGAAAAUUCCUCUGCUGUUUCAACAAGCCUGUUCUUAUCUCCAUGGUGCCUAGCACAGGGUGUCAUCAGCAUUAUCAGUUAGGACUGUGGCUUAAUAUUUGUACAACAUGGUCAUCAAGGGACCUGCGUGGUGUUUUAGUUGCUUGAAGAUUAAAAUAAGUUUUUCUAAUUUUUUAAAGUUAUGUCCUUGAAAUGAAGUUGUUCUGAAAAACGAUUACCUUCCUUUUUUCUGCAUUUUUUUUAUUAGAUAAAUUGUACAAUAUCCAAAAAUAUUUAUGUGGAAGGAAAAAAAAAACAAAAAAACAGACAUUAUUUUUAUUAAGCUUUGGUGUGAUGUACUUUAGAUGACUAAUUAUGCUCUUUCUGUAUAAAUCUUUGUUGUAUAUGACUGUAAGUGUGACUUUUCUUUUAAACUUUGUCUAUCACUUGUUGAUGAAGAGAACUUUGAGUGUCAUAUUCCCUUAUUACAUUCUCUCUGUUGCUGUUCUGAACAAUUUGGG